AUGGUAGAAUUAUAUGAUACAUUUGGAAUUAAAAUUUAUGUUGAUCAUAAUAAAACAACUAUAAAAGGUAUUGAUUUACAAAAAAAGUUGGCAAAAUUUUUUUUAAAGAAAAAUAUUCCACAUUCAUUAAUUUCAAUUUUUGAUAUUGCAAAUAAUUUUGAAAUUCAAAGAAGAAUUAAAGAACAUUCUAAAAAAAUACCAAGAUAUCCAUAUAUUGAAAUUAAUGGUCAAUUAUGGGGUGAAGGUAUUGAAGUUGAAGAAAGUGAAGAAAUGGAUCAAGUUUUAAAAGAUUUAAUAAAUUAUAAAAUCCAAGGAACUGGAGAACAAGAAAAUAAUAGUAUUGUUGAUGCAUUCAUUGCAGGUAAUACAAUGGUAGCAGUUGAACCUGAAACUUUAUCAAUUGGUUAUUUGGAUUCAGGUUUAAAUCUUAUUGAAUGGUUAUCACUUGGAAUCGUUUCAAAUAUUUGGAAUCCAUGGGCUGUACCAAUCGAACCAUUGGAUAAAGAAUCUGAUUUUGAAUUUGAUGUUAUUCGUACAAAUUGGUAUGGUAGACAUCAAUUUAGAAAAUAUAGAUUCACUCCUUCUGAAAUUGUUAGAAUAAAUAGUCAAUCUGUCAAAGCAACUCUAUAUUAUAAAGAUAUUCAACAACUUGAUCAAACAAAUAAGAAAAAUAUUAUUAUAAAGAUUUUAAAUGGUGAAGAUCAAUAUAUUGAAGCAUUAGAGGAUGAUAUAAUCAAAAUGAUAGAAAUUAUAACAUCAAGAGCAUAUUUAGUUCCAAAUGGUGAAAAUCAAUGGGUUUCAAAAAUUACAAUUUAA